AUGGUCUAUGGAGGGAAGCCUAGCACCGGAUGUUACCUGUGCCGCAAGCGGAAGAUUAAGUGCGAUGAAGGCCACCCUGAGUGCCGAAACUGUGGUGUGUACGGCCGGCCUUGCCCGGGAUACCGGCCUGAUGCAGUUUUCCGGAAUGAGAACAAGAAAGUCGAGCGCCAAGCAAAGAAGGACAUUGUUUCGUCUGGUACUAGCAGACAAAGUGUGACGCUCCUCUCGCAAUUCUCUGGGGAUGCAGACCGUCAUUCUGGGAGCCCUUCAAGCACUAACACCUCGCUGUCGCUGAUUCCAAUAGCGGAUGCGACGUGGGAAGAUCGCGCAAUAUGUUAUUUCUUUGAUCAAUAUAUAGUCAAGUCCGACAAUGAAGAUGGCGUGGGCCACUUGGACUAUUUGCCAUUACUUUAUUCCCAAAUUGACCAGCAAAAAUCGACAUCCUCUUGUCUCCGAUGGGCUGUGGACGCGACGGCGUUUAUGACUCUCGCCAAUGUUACACGGGCACCCCAACUCAUGAUGAAGGCCCGUCGAGGAUAUGGAAAGGCUUUGAGCAGUCUACGUGAAGCUUUAGCAUCGCCUACGGAGGCUCUGAAAGAUGAAACAUUUGCCUCUGUGGUCAUUCUGUCUCUCUUCGAGGAUGUCACUGGUGAACGAAAUGGGCUAUAUAGCUCUCACACCGCUGGAUUUGAGUUCCUGAUGAAAAUUCGAGGCAAGGGUCAACUAAACAACCGCCACGGCCGUGACAUGUUCAACUUCGCUUAUACACACACUUCCGUUGAGAUUCUUGCGUUGGGGGAUAAACCUCGUUUCGACAUGGACUGGAUAUUGGAACAAUUAAACAUCGAUGAUCCCGUCGAACGGCUCAUGCUGGCUGCCUCCAAACUGAGCCAACUUUUCCUGGCCAUGCAAGCAGCACCCAGUCCACCCGAUUUAGCCACUGUCAAACAGUGGAUGACUGCUGGCCAAGAGUGUGAUUUCGAGCUCUCCCAAUGGACUCUUCACCUUCCCGAUCGUUGGCUACCUCUAGUCGUCUACUCUGCGCAGGGCGAAUCCUUACUUACCUAUAAUCGCAUCUCCAACUGUGUGAUCUGGAACUAUUACCGAGCCGUGCGUAUCAUGCUACAACAACUCCUCCUCAGUCUCAAACGAUCCUACUCCGACAUCAUCUCGAAAAAGAAGGAGCCUGACGAUCCCUUUGUCGUCAAUUCCGCGCUUGAUGAGACUAGCUUACGGGCAGUCAUCCAAGAAAUGACGACCGACGUCUGCCGCAGCAUUCCUUUUGCCAUGUCGGAUGUGGAUACUCUUGGCCGACCGACAAAACCGGGAGACUAUCAAUCAACCAUUCGGGCCGUGCAAGGCUAUGGUCUCCUCUGGCCACUUUGGUACAUUGUAUCAUGCGGCAUGCCUUCGCCACAACAGGCGAAUCAGAUUAACUUAGUGCUAUAUCGCAUUGGAAAUCAACAAGGCAUCAAUCUUGCUCUUAUUCUGGCCCGCGAAGCCGAACGACUCCGUGGCGAUAACAAUUCAUUCAGAGCCCCUCCCCCUCGAAUCGGACCUACCGGAGUUCAUACCCCAUGA